AUGGCGCGAUACUCCAUAGACGUGCUCAGGAUAUCUGCAAAUAGAUAUCCAGAGGGGGUGGCCAACGGAGCUGACCUGAUUAUCCUAGGUGGAAAUCCAUUGUUUCUACAGCACUUUCAGUUCGACUGGGUGGACUAUGGUCUUGCCAACUUAAGAUCGAACCUGCUACCCAGAAUUUGUGCACACACCCUUCCAAUUGUUAGGGUGCUGAUUCAACUUGAGAGGGAAAACCCAGGCUACUAUAGAACAAGGCCAGAAGGUUACAUGGAGCAGCGUAUGUGGAGGUGGCAUCCUUUGAUGGAAGCGAUGGCACAUCUGCUGUUUGCUCCUUCGGCCAUGAACAAUGGAGGUGGUGUCGACAAUGGAAAUGCAGGCGCCUCUUCAAGUGACAGGAACCAAGAAGAAGCAUCUCGUAACGAGAGUGAGCUGGGGAAAUGUGUUGAUGAUAGAAGGUUCAGAUAG